GGCCACCACAACUACUAUGACUACAACUAUGGCCACCACAACUACUAUGACUACAACUAUGGACACCACAACUACUGUGACUACAACUAUGGACACUACAACUAAUAUGACUACAACUAUGGCCACUACAACUACUAUGACUACAACUAUGGACACCACAACUAAUAUGACUACAACUAUGGACACAACUAAUAUGACUACAACUAUGGCCAUCACAACUAAUAUGACUACAACUAUGGACACCACAACUAAUAUGACUACAACUAUGGACACAACUAAUAUGACUACAACUAUGGCCACCACAACUACUAUGACUACAACUAUGGACACCACAACUACUAUGACUACAACUAUGGCCAUCACAACUAAUAUGACUACAACUAUGGACACCACAACUACUGUGACUACAACUAUGGACACUACAACUAAUAUGACUACAACUAUGGACACAACAACUAAUAUGACUACAACUAUGGCCACCACAACUACUAUGACUACAACUAUGGACACCACAACUACUAUGACUACAACUAUGGACACCACAACUACUAUGACUACAACUAUGGACACUACAACUACUAUGACUACAACUAUGGACACCACAACUACUAUGACUACAACUAUGAACAACACAAGUACUAUGACUUCAACUAUGGCCACUACAACUACUAUGACUACAACUAUGGCCACCACAACUACUAUGACUACAACUAUGGACACCACAACUACUGUGACUACAACUAUGGACACUACAACUAAUAUGACUACAACUAUGGACACCACAACUACCAUGACUACAACUAUGGACACUACAACUAAUAUGACUACAACUAUGGACACUACAACUACUAUGACUACAACUAUGGACACCACAACUACUGUGACUACAACUAUGGCCACCACAACUACUAUGACUACAACUAUGGACACCACAACUACUAUGACUACAACUAUGGCCACUACAACUACUAUGACUACAACUAUGGACACUACAACUACUAUGACUACAACUAUGGACACCACAACUACUAUGACUACAACUAUGGCCACUACAACUACUAUAACUACAACUAUGGCCACUACAACUACUAUGACUACAACUAUGGCCACCACAACUACUAUGACUACAACUAUGGCCACCACAACUACUAUGACUACAACUAUGGACACCACAACUACUGUGACUACAACUAUGGCCACCACAACUACUACUAUGACUACAACUAUGGCCACUACAACUAAUAUGACUACAACUAUGGACACUACAACGACGAUGACUACAACUAUGGACACUACGGCUGAAUCCCAAACCGCCCCCUACACACUCCCCCUUCACUACCGAGUGUCACUCCAAAAGAAGUCACACUCGCAGCUGUGCAGGGCGCCUAUUAUUGAAGGGGGAGGGUAUAAAUACGAUCGUCAGGAAUGGGUCGCCCUGUCGCCUCACCGGAAAACGGAAGACGUCAUCGCCAUGGUAACACAAAGACGCCUACUGUCAUGGCUGUAGCGCUGUGGCACAGGUUGCAACUAACAAGGAUCGCUGCUGCUUCCAGAAGACGAAAGCAUCCCAUUUUUUUUUUCACUCACAUCUUUUCCAAUCCUAUUAUCUGGCAUUUCAAAUCCAACAAAUGAAUAAAUGAAUUCUGUCAGUUGUGUUCAAAUUUUAAGGUGUCAGGGGGUGCACAAUUAAAUCAAACGUCAGCAGAGAAGAAGAUUUGUUUCUUUUGUUUUAUCUUUUUACACCACUCUUUGUGAUGUUCUGUCAGUGUGAAAAAGGCGUGGGAGAAAUAAAGGACGCAUGUGGAACUCACAUCAA